AUGAGCAAUAUUACUGCGUCCGAGGCACAGAUGUGGGAUGAUGUCGAGAUGGGUGCAGUGGACUUUGACUGUGGUGAUGAUCCCAAGGUGUCGGAGAGAGAGCGGUUAGACCGCGCCAUCGCAUCCCUAUGGACCGCGACAAAUGAUUUCAGCCUUACGGAUUCGGUCGAGGUGGACAGCGCAGCUCGGCAAUGGGAAGAGUUUGAUGCACAAGAAGAUAUACUAACAGACAUAUUGCAGAACAUAAAGCUCAGCGUCGAUGACAUACGUGAACGGCAAUUCAGUGACUUCACUGGUAGCUCACCUGAGUCAGAAUGGUUUCCGUAUGGCUCUAAAACGAUGUUCCUCUUGGACAUGUUGGAAAACCUACCCCGUAUGCGCGUCUCGGAUACCUUAAUGCGAGUCAUCAUUUGGGUUCUCAAGGAGACGGGUGCAAGGGAUGUGCCAUCGUUCGAUGCUCUGCGCAAAAUGCAGGAGGGGAUGCGUGAGCGCUGUGGCGUCCCUACGCAUCAGCAUCGGACAUCAAGAGGAAACAUAUUCUAUUACAAUGAUGUCCGUACCUUGAUCGCAAAGGACUGGUCAACGCUUGCCGUUCGGAAGCAUAUGCAUCUAUAUCCGGUGAUACCAAGUGGUCCGAUUAGCGAAGUUUGGCAUGCAGAGAAAUUUCGGAAAGAGCUUGAUCUUGAUAUCCUAAGUCCAAUGUAUGAUGCCGGCCAGGAUCAUCACUACUACGUCAAUGAGUUUGCUCGGAUGAAGACUGGUCAAUUCGUUGUGCCUAUACGAUGGCUAGAAAGGGAAGAGGAUAGUCAAAUCGUCGCUGACGCAUAUGCAGUGGCAGAAUAUCAGGGAACCUACAAGAUUGAUGAUAGCAGAACAAUCAUUAUUGAAACCAAACACCUUGACGCAGACUUUUUGGAUUUGAUAGACCAAAAUCUGGUCCCCAUUUGUGAUCAGGCCACGAUAGAUGCCGGACACAGGGCACGGAUGCCUAAUCCUCUCCGCAAAAUUGCGGCAGGAGAUCCGCUCUACACGAGUUUCGUCGACUAUUGGUCUGACGAUGUCUCUGGCAAUAGAACAAAGUCAUACAACAAGCAUGUAAAUGCCUGUGUUGUGCAUCGCAAUCUACCCCGGCGUCUGCUUCAGCAGGAGGUACAUGUUCACUUCAUCUCAACUUCACAAAAUGCGAGUGCGCCAGAGCAAUUUCGGGCAUUUAAGGAAACCGUCGAGGCAACUCACAAGGAACCAGUGCAAGUUCGAGAUGCCAUAACCGGUCAAGAUUUGCGGUUUCGACUCUUCACAAACACAGGUCCUGGGGAUAAUCCACUACAAAGUGAAAUGUGUGGUCACAUCGGCGGGAAGGGGAAUUAUUACUGUAGAAAAUGCUUUGCCGGUGGUACUCAAGAAUUCAAGCAGACCAAUGAAGGGUAUGAAAGUCUUUUCCACGUUGGUGUCCCGCGGACAGCUUUAGCCACCGUAGCAGAAGUAGAAAAGCAGCUGGAAGCAGCUUGUACAGGAAUAGCCGAGCGUGUCAAGGAACUCCAGACAUCAACAGGGGUCAAGGAUGGCUACACCCAGCCAUGGAUCGAGAAAAUCAUUGAUCGUGCUCGGGAAAUGAGAAAGGAUUCCCGACGCAGUCAAGAAAGCAUUAGAGAGGAGCUAAUGGACUGGGUACGAGCCCGCCGGCAUGAUAUUAUAAAUCCAGUUCUCACAAUGCAAGCGUUUGAUCCUGCAAAGGAUACACCCAUUGAGAUCUUGCAUACGAUACUCCUCGGGAUUGUGAAGUAUGUCUGGCACGGAACGCACACCAGCUGGUCGGAUGAACAGAAAAAGACAUAUGCUAUUCGGCUACAGUCGACUGACGCGAAGGGACUGUCGAUCCACGCAAUACGCGCUGAUUACUUGAUGCAGUACGCCAACUCGCUGAUCGGACGGCAGCUGAAGACAGUUGCACAAGUCAGUGUCUUCGCAGUCCAUGAUCUCGUCGAUCCUACUUGCUUCUCGCUUUGGAAGGCUUGCGGUGAACUUAUUGCGUUGCUUUGGUAUCCCGAAAUUCUCCAUUUGGAUGACUACCUUCACGAUCUCGAAAUUGCCGUCGCAAAUGUAUUAGAUAUUUUUGCAGAGAUCGAGCCGUCAAAGAUCAUAACAAAGAUCAAGUUGCACCUUUUAUCUCAUAUCAAGGACGAUGUCCGACGCCUUGGACCAAUCCUGGGGGAAAUGGAUGAGAUAUUCGAGUGCUACAAUGGAGUCUUCCGUAACUGUUCGGUAUUCUCAAACCAUUUAGCACCUAGCCGGGACAUUGCCUUAGAUCUGUCAGCCCAGGAGAGCUUCAAGCAUCGAGUGAUGGGGGGUUUCUGGCCGUCUGUAGCUGGAGACGGUCGGUGGGAGUGUGCCGGGCCAAAGGUGCUGGAUUACCUACAUAAACACCCUAUCUUACAGAGACACCUCGGAUGGUCCUCUGGUGAAGAACCUGCUUCCUUAGGCUCCGUCAAACUUGCUUCCCACCUGAAGGGGACACGACAACGUCCGACUGCAAGAUGGGCAGAUACCACAGCAUCUAAGGCUAUCAAUAGUGGAUCUGUGACCACAAAACCGUCAUCCCGUUGGACAAUCGGCAAAUCUGUUAUAUCAAAGUCUCAAGAAAGCUGUCUUUGCGGGGCUUGGGUCAUUGCCGAAUGCCCGAUUUCCGCCCCAGGAGAAAGGAUGAUUGGCCGCAUUGCCGAGAUUCUUGAGGAAGAAGGAAGUGGUCAGGUACUUGUCACAAUCGAGCGGUUUGAAGUGGGUGAGACACGUGAUAUAACUUUCGGCAUGCCGACUCUUUCACGACGAUGCGGCGAGCCAACAUUCAUAAGUAUAUCUCCAUCUACGGUCGAAUUCUGUAUUAACGUGCAGCACAACUGCCAGAGGGAGAGAUGUGCUGCGACUGGACAGAGAGCCAAGAAACAGGAACGCCUGGAGACCAACAUCAUGGAGGCUGUCCUAGCACACAGCUCCGACGACCAUUUUCUAAUCAAUACCCAUUCCCUGCACAACCCUCAGCUACUCCGUCAGGUCCUUCCUCCUCACCUCACCCGACCAAUGCCAAGAUUUGAUGAGCACAGGAACCGCAAGGAGAAGCAUGCAGAGCUGGCGGCGAAGCUUCGGGCAGACACUGUUUCAAAGCGGAAGAAGGCGGAGGAGGCUAAGCUUCAGAAGCAGCGGGAGGAGGCCGUCGGAGGGCAAAGUUCGAAGAAACGGAAAAAGGUGUAG